GUAGGGGAGAUGGGAGGGAGAGAGGGAGGAGGAGAAGAGGGGAGGGGAAUAGUCGAGUUGGGGAAGUGGAGCCAGUGAUCGAAAGCACGCGUCCAACAACCAACGCAGAUUGCGAGCUGCUUCAACUUAGCGCGCUUGCCGGCACCCCCCCUCCUCCCCGCUCCGGCAUCACUCCGCAAGCGCUGUUCAACGACUGUGGUAUAAAUACAUCAACGACAACAACAACAGCAGCGGCAACAACAACAACAACACGCGCACGGGCGGCGAUCGUGCAGCGUUCAAGAGGGAGGAACGCACGAACGAACGCACAUUUGAGCGGCCUCGUUUGAAGAAGGGAGCGAGGAGGGGAAGGGAGCGAAUCGCGGCCAAUCACCUGUUUGGAAUUGUCCAGCUGUGUCGGUGUGGUGGCGGUGGUGUUGGCGGCGGCGGUGCUGACCGGCCACACCGUUGCGUGAAACAAAAGAGAUCGCUUCCUUCCCUUCCUAGUCCACGACCAAGCAAGUUCACACGUCUCGUGGCCGGGGGCCCCGGCGAAAGAUACAAUGGCACGAGUCGAUCUGUCUUCGUGAAGUGAGCGAACGAGCGAGCGAGCGAGUGAAUGAAUAGCGUGGCUAUCGAGCGCGCUGUCAAACUCGCCGGCGGGAGAAACGAAGCGGGCACAAACAAAAUCCAACAACGCCACAUCGGUGUUGUCUCGUAGUUAAAGGGAGAAGUGGUGUGUGUGUGUGGGGGGGGGGGUGGGAGGGUGGGGUGGGUGCGAGAGAUAGCAAAAAAAAAACAGACACGGAUGCGCGCUCCCCCUCUACGUGCGGCGAGUGCGAAGUCAAAGCCGGCUGCGUUCCCAGCUUCACGGACUGACGGACGGCGUGGAGCCAAUAGCCUCACGGUGACCUGCUCAUCAUAAGUGGGGUGGGGAGGAGGGGGUGUGUGGAGGAGCAACGAAUAUUGAGAGAGAGAGAGAAAGCGAAACGACGGAGCGACGAGAAGAUCUACAAAUCGCUAAGGACAAGCACGCGAAUACAGAGAGAGAGAGGGACACACAGAGAUAUACACACAGAGAUACACACAGAGAGAGAGAGAGACACACACAGAGAGAGACGCACGCACACACACAUAGAGAGACACGAAUACCGCUCACCGUCGUUUAAAGACGCGGAUUCAAUCGCAGCGCGCUCGCACCUGGCGCGCACCAGAUUCUUCCUCGCUCUUUUAUCUCCGACGGCUGGCGACGACGGAAAAAAACUACCAAAAUCCGCGCGUCCGCGAGUCGAGGAGGGAGUACGAUGUUCCAGCCACCCACCAAACGCUGCUUCACCAUCGAAUCUCUGGUGGCUAAGGAUGGUGGCGACUCCGUAUCUGCGGCCGCAACUUUGCAACAACAACAACAGCAGCAGCAACAGCAACAACAACAACAACAGCAACAGCCUGCUUACCCGAUACCCGGAGGUGCGAAUCCGUUGACUUGCGGUGCCCAGCCACCGCAUCCCUUCGCGGCAGCGGCAGCGGCGGCUGCGGCCGCGGCUGCGAGCCGGGCGGGGAUGCACCCGGAGUUGUUCUUCCACGACGCCCAUCACCUGCAGCCGCUGCUCGCCGUGCCCGCCAUGCACCCGUCCGGCCACCACCACCACCACCACCACUUGUCCCACCCGCCUCCGUCGCUGCCCCUGUUCGGAGGUCCGCAGGGAAGGGAUGCCAUCAGCCUUUACCCGUGGCUCUUGCAUCGGCCGCGGUAUCUUGGGCACAGAUACCCAGGUGCCGACGGCAACGCCGAGAGCCUUCUGCUGCACAGUCCGUUCGCUCGCAAGCCGAAGCGCAUCCGCACGGCGUUCUCGCCCUCGCAGCUGCUGCGUCUGGAGCACGCGUUCGAGAAGAACCACUACGUGGUGGGAGCCGAGCGCAAGCAGCUCGCCAGCAGUCUCAGCCUCAGCGAGACGCAGGUAAAGGUAUGGUUCCAGAACAGGCGAACCAAGUACAAGAGGCAGAAGCUGGAGGAGGAAGGGCCCGAGAGUCCGCAGAAGAAGAAGAGCUCCCAUCACAUCAACCGGUGGAGGCAGGCGACCAACCAAGGCAGCGGCGACGAGAUAGACGUCACGUCGGAUGACUGACACGCAGGCAGUGACGUUCCCCCAGCCCUCCGCACCCCCGGGAGGAGACGGAACGCUCACACGGAGCGCUGUACGUGGAGAGCGAUAGAGAGACAGAAUCGACGCCGCCGUGCCCACAGACUUUGCAAGACGCGCGUCCUGCUCGCAAUUUCGCAGUUCUGCGGAAGCCUCGUUAUCAUUGUUAUUCUCAUCGCUCGUGAGACGCGCGGCUGUGGACAAUUCGUGGUGAUGUUGUUUCCUAUUGCGAAAAAAAAGCCGUACCGGUACCGUUUAUUCAUGAGACACGCGUGCGUCCCGCGAGCAUGGUGGGGGGUAGGAGGAGAGGGAGGGAGUGAGGAUCAAAGCAACAAUUUCCCGAGUCGGGCAGAUGGGGGCAGUGUGUGAUACGCGAUGCAGCAAACAGAAAACAACAACAGGAGCAGCAGCCACCGUCCGCCUGCAAUUACCCACCAGGGAGAUGUCAAGAGGGAGAGCUAAAAUGCCUUGUUGACGCCAGGCGCCAGUUGGAGGCAACAUGCGUGCAUUACAUACGCACCGUUAACGCAUACGCGCGUGUGUGUGUGGGGGGGGGGGGAGCGGUAGUGUAGCGGUUAGCUGCGCUUAGGACCCAGCGACCCGACUUCGAGUCCCGUUCACAACCAAUAACCGUGGCGAACAUUCGAAUCGGGUCUGCGUCUCGUCCAGGCCGACUCGCCAUCGAAUGAGUAGCCUGGUGUGGUGUGUAAAUAUCGCCACGGGGAGACAAAGGUGGCCGGGCGUGGUGCUGGCUGGCCACCCAUCCUCUCGCCUUCAUAGGCGCUCUCUAAACAUAACUUGGCACCGCAUGACCCAGCAGCUUCUGUUUGGCCGGAUAGAGGGGGCUAAACGGGCACGGCACGGGCUCGAGAAGAGAUAUGGAGUGAUGUGGUACAGAAAGAUGUGGAGCUGAUUGGACUUGCCGAUGACUGCUGCCAGCGGUGUCAAUAUCGGUCAAUGUAUCACGGAGGGCGGAUGGGCGACGCUCACAACAACGAAUGGAGCGCCGGGCGGAUAAAACGCAGCAAGUUGGCACAGUGUGGAGCGCUCAGGUGGCGCAUUUGCCAGCCAUCUCAAUCAGUCACCCAAUGGCACCUGGGUCGCUCCCGUGACCUCCUGCAGCCAGAGAGCCUUCGACACACUCCACGUGGCCUCGAGGUGUAAUACCUAGCCCGUCACAAGCGCCGUUGUGACGCCAUCGCCGCUAUUGUGGCGAACGACGGUUGUUGUUGUUGUUGUGUGCGUGGGAUCGAUGUGGCACAGCGUUAUAAAGCGAGCGCGCCUGGCUGAGAUCUGUCGAACCGCACGCGCGCGUGUGUGUGUGGUUCUUAUAUUUUUGGUUGCCCUACGGCAGGGAUGGGGAACCUUUUUUCUGCCAAGGGCCAUUUGGAUAUUUAUAACAUCAUUCGCGGGCUAUACAAAAUUAACAACUUAAAAGUUAGCCUGUUAUAUUUGGUCAAACAUUUAAUGAACUCACCCCUAAUGUGAUGGCUGGAACUGUUUCUCUUUGGUGAGGCGUGUGGUGAUGUUAGCCGGUGUUGAUGAUGUUGCUACUCGCAACUGCUUUGCCAGGUUUUCUCCUAGAUUUAUUGAAUUCCGAGUCCCGCCUGCGGUUGCCUUGGCAGGGCCACACCAAAUAAUUUCGCGGGGCCUUAAACGGCCCGCGGGCCGCACGUUCCCCACCCCCUGCCCUAUGGAACCGUGGUCACGUCGAAAGAGGAAAAAACUUUGUGAGGCGCUGCUCAAUUAAGCGGAACGUUGCAGGCCCGUGAAAAUCUGGAGACAUCGACGCGGGUUCAAAGGGAAGGAAUACAAAAAUAUAAUAAUAAUACUCUUGCAACCUGUUCUGUGAGCAACGUUGUCCAAGAGUCGUGCGCGCGGAUUUCGAAGCGUCGCAUUAAGCGGCCGAUGAUGUCCCCCAACUCCUAACCCUUCCCAAAAUGAACCCCACGCAAUCGUUUAUUGUUAUUAUUGUUAUCGACGCCGCCAUACGCGCGGCGAGAUAGGUGUUUUGCUCCAAGUGGAUUGUAAAGAUAACACGAGAUAAAAUUAUUUAAGUCCGUUUUUAAUAAAUUGUACAUACGUUA